AUGGAAUAUGGGAAGCAAUUCAACGCACGGCACCAAUACGACGGUGAGGGCGGGCGAAGUUUUGUGCGGGAAUUGCGCCGACUAGCCAGCAGGGCAUGGGAAAAUGAUAUGCCCGCGGAACUGGAGAAGCUGCUGGAGCAACUAGUCGAGGGGUCCAGAUCCAAUAACGUACGACGUCAUCUGCUCUUGCACCCACUAGAGGACUUUGAGAUGGCUGUCAAACGCGUAGAAGAUCUGGAGAAGCUGGAGGCGGUCACAGCAGCACCCCAAGAAUACCUAGCAGUGGGACACUAUGGGGCACAAGAAGUCGGACACCAAGCGUGGCAGAGAGGCUGA